UACGUGGCAGCAUCCAAAUUUGUCCAGAAUCCGAACUUCUCUCCCAAAUUUCCAAUGUUGUCCAUCUCCUCCCAAGCCCCCCCAAUCUUCCGUCCCCAACUGGUUACAGAGACCUAACCCUAACCUCCAAAUUCUCCCACGUACAUACAUACAUACGCAUAUCUUCUCUCUUUUAUAUGGAAGACUCCAAGUUAAGCGCCACCAACGACGACGACGACGACCAUCAGUUCGUCGACGCUCUCUGUGAAUUCCCCUUCUACGAUUGCAUCGACACCCCUGAACCGGAGCGAUCCAUUUCCAGCUCCCCCUCAGUUUCUCAACUCGAGACCAAUGCUGAUGUGUCGCUGCAACCCUCGCCGUCGCCGGAAAUUCUCUCUCCCCCCGGUCUCCGGCGCCGGCGCUCGUUGUCACAUCACGUUCGCAAAGAGGCCCCCGGCAGUGGCUCCACAGGUUCGAAUCCUAAUUCUUCGCUGAGUUCCGAUUCUGCGACUGCUGCGGAGAGGAAGUGUAGGAUUUUCCGGAAUUUCGAGGAGAAUGAGAGGCGAAGUGAGAAACCUGAGUUUUCCCGGGUUCGGAUAAACUCGGAAAGUCCUGGCCAUUGUGUGGACGAAGUGGAUGAAGAGAGUAAAGAGACUUCUACGGUUACUGCUGCAAAUGAUGAUGAUAUCAAUCAGUCGGUAGCAGUAGAUUUGGCUUCUGGAGGAAAUGAUGAAUCUUCCUCUAGUUUCCUUUUUGUUUUAGCUGGAUUGGUGAUCAAAGCAAUUGGGUUUCAGAUAAGUUUAAUGGUUAGCUUUUUCACAUUUCCAAUUUGGCUGCUAUGCUGUUCAUUUAUGUUUGUGGCCGAUCCAUUUGGAGCUUUAAGGCGUGUUAGAGAUUACUUGAUGGGCAAAGUAUUGGGAAUGUGGGGUGUUAUGUGCGACAAUAUUUCGCCAUUUGUGUAUGAAUGGUUGAAGGAAUACAAUCAUAUCUGGAAACUAGCUUUACGGUUUGGCUGGGGAUUUUUGUGGGCUACUUACGUGUGUAUUGUUUUGGUUAGUUUAUUGGUGUCAGCUUUUGUAGUUAGUGGUCUUACUUUGAGGCAUUUGGUGGAGGAGCCUAUUCAGAUGAAGGAGACGCUGACUUUUGAUUACACCAAGAAUAGUCCUGUUGCUUUUGUGCAGAUGAGUUCUUGUCCCAGAGAGCGUCAUGGUGUGCCUUAUAGAGACAAGAAUGAAGUUGGAAGCCUUGGGGGUCCAAGGGUUAUACCUGUAAAACACAAAUUGCAAGUCACUGUUUCAUUGACACUACCCGAGUCAGAUUACAACAGAAAUCUUGGGAUAUUUCAGGUCAGGGUGGACUUCCUAUCCGCUAGUGGCAAAGCCAUUGCAAGUUCAAGUCGUCCGUGCAUGUUGCAAUUCAAGAGCCCACCCAUCCGCCUUCUGUUGACUUUCCUUAAAGCGGUUCCCCUUGUUGCUGGCUAUUCAUCAGAAACCCAGACUUUGACUUUCAAAUUCAGAGGCUUUGCCGAAGGGGAUAUACCUACUGCAUGUCUAAGGGUGACAAUUGAGCAACGAGCAGAAUUUCAACCAGGAGCUGGCAUCCCUGAAAUAUAUGAUGCAUCUUUACUUCUCGAGUCAGAACUUCCUCUUCUGAAAAGAAUUAUAUGGCGUUGGAAGACAACAUUAUUUAUCUGGGUUGGCAUGACUAUGUUUGCAGCAGAGUUGCUAUUUGUUUUUCUCUUCUGCAGACCUAUCAUUAUGCCCAGAGGAAGGCCAAGAGAUGGUUCUCCCGGCAAUGCUGCUCAAAUCAAUCACCCAGCUCUAAGUAGCUGAAAGGUAUUGGUUUGAACUCAAUUGUAUUAAUUUGUUAAUGUUUCAAGCCUUUUGCAAUAUAGGUUUUUUUUUGGCUUUUUUUUUUUUCCCUUUUUGUACGUUCAACCAACCAAUAUAUGUCAUAAACGUCAUAAUCAUUGUAUACUCAAAUGCUAGAAUGAAAUUUAACUCAGCAUGUACAUACUAGUAAAAGGCGCU